UUCCUUCAGUCUCCAUUUUGAGUCGACGGAGCAGAGAGAGAGAGAAACCCCGAACAGGAUGAGUGUUUUUGUGGAGGAACAGGAGGACCGUGCAGAGUCUGAAGUCUCUGGCCGUCUGUCUCUGAGGAGUGAUUGGUCCAAAGGUAGACCUCCAGACUUCAGUGCUGAACCUGGACCCUCAGACUCAAAAGCUGACUUCAUCAGACAGAGAGCAGAGUCUGAAGUCUCUGGACGUCUGUCUCUGAGGAGUGAUUGGUCCAAAGAUUAUCCUCUAAACUUCAGUGCUGAACCUGGACCAUCAGACUCAAAGAAGAGGAAGAGGAGUCCGGUCUCUGUGGAGGAGCAGCCGGUCUCUGUGGAGGAGCAGCCGGUCUCUGUGGAGGAGCAGCCGGUCUCUGUGGAGGAGCAGCCAUCCUGCGGUGCUGGACCUCAGACAGACCGUCAGAGCAGGACUUUACAAAGUGGUCUGCAGAGGGUUUUAGAUCAACACAAGACCAGUCUGAGGACCAGAUGUGAGCGUGUGACUGAAGGAAGUGAGGAAACAGGAAGUAGAACCCUCCUCAACAGGAUCUACACUGAGCUCUACAUCACAGAGGGACAUAGUGAAGAGGUGAACACCCAACAUGAGGUGAGACAGCUGGAGACCGCCUCCAAGAAGAAGAUCCUCCAGGACACUCCCAUCAAGUGCCAGGACAUCUUCAGAGCCUUACCUGGUCAACAGAAACCCAUCAGAGUGGUUCUGACAGUCGGCGUCGCUGGUGUUGGAAAAACCUUCUCAGUGCAGAAGUUCACUCUGGACUCGGAGAACCAGGACCUCAGUCUGGUGGUUCUGCUUUCAUUCAGGGAGCUGAACCUGAUCAGGGGACGGUACAGUCUCCUCCAGCUGCUCCAUGAGUUCCAUCCAACAUUACAGGAGGUCCCAGCAGAGACGCUGGCUGUCUGUAAACUGGUGUUCAUCUUUGACGGUCUGGACGAAAGCAGACUGUCUCUGGAUUUCAACAACACUCAGGUUGUGUCUGACGUCACACAGAGCUCAUCCAUAAACCUGCUGUUAACAAACCUCAUCCAGGGGAAUCUGCUCCCCUCAGCUCUGGUCUGGAUCACUUCUCGACCCGCAGCAGCCAAUCAGAUCCCUCCUUCACGCGUUGACAGGGUCACAGAAGUCCGAGGCUUCACUGACGCCCAGAAGGAGGACUACUUCAGGAGGAGGAUCAGUGAUGAAGAUCUGUCCUGCAGAAUCAUCUCACACAUCAAGACCUCCAGGAGCCUCCACAUCAUGUGUCAGAUCCCGGUCUUCUGCUGGAUCACUGCUACAGUUCUGGAGCACAUGAUGAGCACAGAGCAGAGAGGAGAGCUGCCCAAGACCCUGACUGACAUGUACUCACACUUCCUGCUGGUCCAGACCAAGAGGAAGAGGAAGUAUGCUGAGGGUCCUGAGACCAGUCCUCAGGAGCUGAUGGAGGCUGACGGGGAAGUUCUCCUGAAGCUGGGCCGGCUGGCGUUUGAACAUCUGGAGGAAGGAAACAUCAUGUUCUACCAAGAAGACCUGGAGCGAUGUGGUCUGGAUGUCACAGAGGCCUCGGUGUACUCAGGACUCUGUACAGAGAUCUUCAAAAGAGAGUGUGUGAUCUUCAAGAAAACAGUCUACUGCUUUGUUCAUCUGAGCGUUCAGGAGUUUCUGGCUGCAGUCUACAUGUUCCACUGUUCCACAACCAGGAACACAAAGGUACUGGAGGCUUUUCUGGAGGAUCAAGACAGUGAAGAAGAAGAAGAAGAAGAAGAAGAAGAAGAAGAAGAUGAUGAUGAUGAUGAUGACUACUCUUGUCUUGAACACCUCCUGAAUGGAGCUAUGAUGAAAGCUCUGAGAAGUAGAAACGGUCACCUGGACCUGUUUGUCCGCUUCCUUCAUGGACUCUCUCUGGAGUCAAACCGGAGACUCUUAGGAGGUCUGCUGGAUCACACAGACAACAGUCUAGAGAUGAUCCAAAGAGUCAUCAACAACCUGAAGGAGAUAAACAGUUAUAAGAUCUCUCCUGACAGAAGCAUCAACAUCUUCCACUGUCUGACGGAGAUGAACGACCUCUCAGUCCAUCAGGAGAUCCAAGAGUUCCUGAAGUCAGGGAACAGAUCACAGAAGGAGAGACUCUCUGAUAUCCAGUGCUCUGCUCUGGCCUACAUGCUGCAGAUGUCAGAGGAGGUUCUGGAUGAGUUAGAUCUAGAGGAGUACAACACAUCAGAUGAGGGACGACGGAGACUGAUUCCAGCUGUGAGGAACUGCAGGAAGGCUCGAUUUCAAACCUGCAGCCUGUCAGAGACUCACUGGGAAGUUGUGGCCUCUGCUCUGAAGUCCAACCCCUCCCAUCUGAGACACCUGGACCUGAGCGACAACAACCUGAAGGAUUCAGGAGUGAAGCAUCUAUCAGCUGGACUGGAGAGUCCGCACUGCAGACUGGAGACUCUAAUAUUGAGGAGCUGCAGUUUGUCAGAGAUCAGCUGUGCUUCUCUGGCCUCUGCUCUGAAGUCCAACCCCUCCCAUCUGAGAGAGCUGGACCUGGGCUACAACAAGCUGCAGGAUUCAGGAGUGAAGACGCUGUGUGGUUUUCUGGAGAGUCCUCACUGCAGACUGGAGACUCUGAGAUUGAGGCGCUGCAGUUUGUCAGAGAUCAGCUGUGCUUCUCUGGCCUCUGCUCUGAAAUCCAACCCCUCCCAUCUGAGAGAGCUGGACCUGAGCUUCAACAACCUGCAGGAUUCAGGAGUGAAGACGCUGUGUGGUUUUCUGAAGAGUCCUCACUGCAGACUGGAGACUCUGAGAUUGAGCGGCUGCAGUUUGUCAGAGAUCAGCUUUGCUUCUCUGGCCUCUGCUCUGAAGUCCAACCCCUCCCAUCUGAGAAAGCUGGACCUGAACUACAACAAGCUGCAGGAUUCAGGAGUGAAGACGCUGUGUGGUUUUCUGGAGAGUCCUCACUGCAGACUGGAGACUCUGAGAUUGAGUUGGUGCAGUUUGUCAGAGAUCAGCUGUGCUUCUCUGGCCUCUGCUCUGAAGUCCAACCCCUCCCAUCUGAGAGAGCUGGACCUGAACAACAACGAGCUGCAGGAUUCAGGAGUGAAGACGCUGUGUGGUUUUCUGGAGAGUCCUCACUGCAGACUGGAGACUCUGAGGUCAGACACCAUCUUUUACCUCUGUUGUAAUUGUUGAAAUGAUAAUAUUUAUAUUUUUGUAUUUCAAAUCGAGAAUUUGUUGAAGUUUGGUAUUUAAGUUGCAUUUGUGUUUUAUUUCACAUGCAUUAUAAGUCGUUUUGUUUUGAAUCAAUGGGGCUUUUAUUUUGAAAUCCCAUGUCAGUGAAGCGGUUCUCACCUGCCUCCUUCACAGCACAGGAGCAGGGAGGAAGACACAAGCUUCAAGCAUGGAGUUGUGUUUGUGGACAAGUUUUGAACAUUGUUAGCUCCUUUAUGUAGCAUGCAGCUAAUGAGU